AUGGCUGGGGGAGCAGGGGUGCAACGUUCCCAUGUUCCGAAGUUUGGCAAUUGGGACAGUGACAAUGUACCUUACACGGUCUAUUUUGAGAAUGCGCGCAAAGAGAAAACCACUGGUGUGAGAAUGAAUCCAAAUGAUCCCAAGGAGAAUCCAGAGGCCUUCAUGUUUCGAGAAGAGGGAAGCAAAAGUAAUGGCGUUUCUCGUGCAGCUCAAGUUCCACUCCAAAGUGGUUCUGAUAAGUUGACUUCAGCAGAAAAGCGCCGCGUAGAGGGACACAAGAAGCAAAGUGGUCAUUGGAGAAACACUUCUGAUCAACUAAAGACUGGGAGCCGUAAGAGCAUGACUUCAGAAUCCGGAAGCGAUAAAAGCAAUUCGGAUCAUUCACUCCUGCAUCAAAACCACCGUGCUAUGAGACCUGACCGGAAGAAGAGUGUAAUCGAGGCUCAUGGUAGCAUUGUUCCAUCACCACUUGGACCUGAUAGACUGAGAAGUGGAAUGAAUCCUCCCGUCGAAAAUACUCGGAGAUCAGCAGCGGUGCCCAAAUUUGGGGCAUGGGAUGAAAGUGAUCCUAAAUCAGGAGAAGGUUUUACAUUCAUUUUCAACAAAGUAAAAGAGGAGAAACAAAUUGCAGCUGCCAAAGAUGUUGCGGCCUGCUCUAAAGUGGAAGCGACUGAUUCUUGUGGCUCUGCUUUGGCUUGA